UUUGCAACAGCAACAGCGUGUUCUACAAACGCAGCAGUUUGACAGUGAAACCCAACAUUUCACAGGUCGGACUCGUCACAGUUUCCUGUGUGGUGUUCAGUUUGUCAGUCUGAUCUGGAGGAACACACACACACAGACGCUGAGGCUUCGGGCAGAAAUCUUCUUACAGUGUCAGAUCCUGAAAAUUUUCAAAAAUGUCCAACCCAGCGGUCACUCAGCAGCCGGGGGCAGGGGGCUACGGGACCAAUGUCCAAACAGGACAGUGGAGCACUGGGCUGUGCUCCAUCUUCAGUGACUGUCCCAUCUGUUUACUCGGCUUCAUGUGUCCAUUGGCUCUGAGCUGCUACACAGCCCAUAAGUACGGAGAACACUGCUGCCUGGGCUGUAUGCUAGGAGGAAUGACAGCCAUGAGGACUCACAUGAGACUGACCUAUGGUAUUCAGGGCACAGUAUGCAACGACGCAGUGAUGUCCUGUUUCUGUGGGACGUUUGACCUGUGCAGGAUGGCUCGUGAAAUCCGCAUCCGAAAUGGAGAAGUUUAACUCUAGCAAGACGGCCUGUGUUCCUCUGCUACCGUCAACUUUCAUUUGUAGCUUUAAUGUAGAGAAUAAACGCUUAGCAACUCAACACGCAGAAGUAUUAGGUGUAAUUAGGUGCGACAGAAGGGUAGAAGGUUUUCUUCGUUGAUGUAAAUACAUGACAUGUUUGCUCCAUAAUCGAUUCAAGAAUCUUUCUCUUCAUGGAAAUGUCAAUGAAAAUGAGAUUGUUUCAUUUUUGCUUUGCCUUUUGUUGUAAAGUGAUUAAAUAUCGAUUACACACAC